AUGGACUUGGAAUGGGAGGCAAGACCGUAUCCCUACAGCGACUGGCGCGAUGUCCCUCAACCCGCUACUUUUGCUCCAUCACCACCUCAGUCUGCCUUUGCAUCAACGUCGUCUGGUCUUUCUCAACGCCGUCGCUCAUCUGCCGCACACGUACGGCCAGCAGGUCCACCACCUAACCUUCCUAUCCCGAGUGUCCCAGGCCCAUCGCCAAAUGGUCUGCAGGCUCAGACGUCCAUCUUCAAUCCAUCGGAUGAUGCCCCCCACAUCAACGGUCGAGGAAUAUGGUCCACCCUCAACAACAACAGACUUGGAACUUCGCCAAAUCACUCCGUCGCAUCCGCUUUCCCACAAACCCGACACCCCGCUUCGACAUCGCAGCCUGUAGAGAUAUAUUCCACAAUGGACGACCUGUCAGAUCCACCCCCUCAGUCCUUUCUUCCUUCCACUUCCUCUUCCUCUCGCGAACGCCACGGAGUUGGUCCAUCUGAACGGUUCCUUCAUCCACCUUCUACGGAACAACGUUCGGAACAGAGACCUUCCUCCAGGCGCGCCCUUACACGAGCUCUAGAGCUAGCGCGUGAAGCUGUUCAACUUGAUUCGACGAACGACAAUCCAGAAGCCGCUGUAAGCGCUUACGCGCAGAGCGUUGCGCUUCUUAGCGAGGUAAUGGAAAGAGUCAGAAGAGGCGAAGAUAGCAACGAUUCUCGUCGCAGGCAGCGACGAAGAAGUGUUGCUGCUCAGGAGGAAGAAGUCAGGCGAUUGCAGAAUAUUGUGAGUGAUCGUAUGAACAUUCUGAGCCUCAUCUAUAGCAUUCCCGCCGUGCCGUACUCUACCACGUCAACAUAUUCAACCCCAACGCUCUCAGCGAACUCAACAACAUCCAACUCUCCAACCAACUCAACUUCGCCUUCAUCGGACACGUCGCCACAAAUACCACAAUCAACUUAUACCACGAAUUAUAUCCAGGAAGAAUCUGCGUCCCAAACAAACGAUUAUGAUACUCACGGCCGAGACGAUCCAUACUUUCCAAUCGUUGACUCUGCUGUAUAUACUUUGGACGAGUCAGUGUUAUCAGGAGCCGCAAUUUCUGGUCUUCCUUUUACAUCCCCUCACCCGUAUGCUGUCCAGUACGACCAACCCCCUGAAGGUUCUGCGCGUACACCCAUUAUGGUCCGAAGGGCAAGAGCAUCAUCAAUUCUACCUCCAGCCCCUCCGCCGCCAAUGGGCUUAUUACCACCUGCACCUGCCCCAGUCGCGAAUGAAUAUCAUUCGGAACCAUCGCGGCGACAAGAUGUGCAAACCCGUCAGCAAACAGAAUUGUCUUCACCCCGAGCAUCCGCCUCCGGUCUCUCUGCGUCCGGCUUAGCGGCCCUGGAGGAAGAAGCUGACGGGUCAGGGAGAGAGAGCGCAGAUAGGACUGACGGUCGAAUGCCAGACACUCCCCGUAACCCGAAGCGAAACUCUCAUCCACUGCCUCCCUUACCUUCUCCACCACCAGCUUCCACAGAUUUCCCGGGAACUUCUAAGAUAACCUUGCCUAUUUCAAAGUCACCAUCCUCCUCACGUACAUCAAAUCAUGUAGUCGCCCGACCUCGGGGUUCGUCGCAGUUGACUACGCGCUUUGAGUUGUCUAAUCAAUCUCACAUCAUCAAUUCAACGACAAAUCAAGGGACUAUUCAUCAACGUAGAACAAAAACCUCUGCUCCUCCUAGUACACGUUCGGCGUCGCCCGCGGAAUCCAUUGGGUCGGCAGGUUCCAUUCCUCAGCAGAAGUCCGUGUCAUUCCCAGGAAGUUCAGCUUCAAGCGUGGUUACGGGAAGGAGUCGAUCUUCGUCCCAGCCAGGCAGACGCCCUUCCCUCAUUGGUGGGCGCAUUUCACCUAUUGAUCAACGUCCCCCUUUGCCAGGAAACACUGGCCCUCUGAAUGGCGCAAACGGGCGCAAGGCGUCAUUUCCUUCCAAACUUGCCGCUCCUCUUCCUAUCCUUCAACUUGAUCCUGCAUCUGCUAAUCCUCUACUCCCGCCAUCCACUUUUCCCGGAACUUUGCCAACGACGCCUACAUCUCUGCUGCCUCCCGCACCGCCCUCCGACCCUUUGCUAAAGCCAUAUCAUAUGAUGAAUCUCCUGCAUAACACCAUGUCAUCCACUACGGGAGGUUAUGUCACACGCCGGUUGCACGUUCCAUGCGAAGUCUGGUCCCAGGGUGGGGCGAAGUUGGCCAACGUGGCUGAGAAAGUGCGCGUGGUCGCGAUCUUGUGUUCGGCGUUGGAGGACCUUCAAAACAGCAGCUCAGAUUAUUUUGGAGCGGGGAAUGUUAGCAGCGGUCUCGCCAUGGGGAUAGGGAGUAUUGGGCGGAAAGAAGCGGAUUCCUGGCACGCCAGGUUGGAAGAUUUCUCGAAUAUCUGUGACGGUGUCGUAGCGAAUUUUGGAAAGAAGUUGGGUGUUGGUGAGGGAUUUGUGCUGAAGAAGACAACAUGGGGAGACAAGCUGACUCGUCGGUUCGACAAGUUUACCAACGGAAAGAAUCUCGAUUCGCCGGCAGCCUACGUCCAAGGGUUAAAAAGGCUCUUCUCUUAUGCUGAAUUGCUAGACGAGCACACGAGGGCCGUUUUUUCACAGCCUGUAGCCCCUGCAUAUGCCGCAUUCCCGGUGGGCGUUCGCACCGCAGCAGAACAAAAGUUGAAACGCUCGUCCGAGUUCUUCGCCACCGUCGUUCUCACUUUUGUCAUCCGGGAUCUAUCGCAGCUACUCGACAAGUAUGCCAAGAAAUGUGAAAAGUGGCUGGCUGAAUAA